AUGGAAAGACCACUUGAGGCUAUCAGGAUGGAAAAUAGCACUGAUUCCUGCUUUCUCAUGGAAAGAAAGACUCGUGUCAAGAUUAAUAGGAAAGAAGUUAUGCUAGCUAAGCUGAGGAAGAGCUGCUCCUGCACUCCAAAGAAGCUGAAGAAUUUUGUCAUGGACUUCCUUCCCGUUCUACGAUGGCUUCCCAAGUAUCAUUGUAAAGAGUACAUUUGGGGGGACGUUAUGUCUGGCUUAGUGAUUGGGAUCAUUUUGGUGCCCCAAGCAAUCGCAUACUCACUGCUGGCAGGUCUGAAGCCGAUUUAUAGUCUUUACACAUCAUUCUUUGCAAACAUCAUUUAUUUCUUAAUGGGCACAUCCCGUCAUGUCUCAGUUGGCAUUUUCAGCCUGAUAAGCUUAAUGGUAGGACAAGUUGUGGAUCGCGAACUUCUCUUGGCUGGGUUUGACUUGAAUGAUGAUGCCCCACCAGCCCUGGGUGAUGGUUCACUGAAGAAUGCCAGUCAAACCAACACAACUGCCUUCAACCUUACAAUUGCAGGGAUGGAUGCCGAGUGUGGGAAAGAAUGCUAUGCUAUUGGCAUUGCUACAGCCUUGACAUUUGUGGCUGGAGUGUACCAGGUUCUAAUGGGAAUCUUUCGGCUGGGUUUCGUAGCUAUGUACCUAUCUGAGUCUGUACUAGAUGGCUUUGCAACUGGUGCUUCCUUAACCAUUUUAACAGCUCAAGUGAAGUAUCUAAUUGGAAUAAAAAUCCCACGUAGCCAAGGGCAUGGAAUGCUUGUUAUUACAUGGAUUAACAUUUUCCGGAACAUUUCUCAGGCUAACCUUUGUGAUGUCAUCACAAGUGCCAUUUGUAUCAUGUUGCUGGUCACUGCUAAGGAACUGGGAGAUCGGUAUAAGCACAAGCUGAAAUUUCCUCUUCCCACAGAGCUGGUAGUUAUUGUUGUGGCAACACUGGUGUCACACUACGGGAAGUUAAAUGAAGUGUAUGCAUCCAGUGUUUCUGGAGCUAUUCCAACAGGAUUUAUUCCCCCCAAGGUACCGCAUUUCAACUUAAUGCUCCGAGUUGCUGUAGAUGCUUUGCCUCUUGCCAUAGUCAGCUUUGUCUUCACUGUAUCCCUUUCUGAAAUGUGUGCAAAGAAAUACGCUUACACCAUCCGAGCCAACCAGGAAAUGUUUGCUGUGGGGUUCUGCAACAUCAUUCCUUCUUUCUUCCACUCUUUUGCAACCAGUGCAGCUCUGGCAAAAACACUCGUGAAAACAUCUACAGGCUGCCAGACUCAAGUCUCUGGAGUAAUUAGCGCAAUGGUGGUUUUGCUGGUGCUGCUCUUCUUGGCACCUCUCUUCUACUCCUUGCAGAAGUGUGUCCUGGCUUGUAUCAUUAUUGUCAGCCUCCGAGGAGCCCUGAGGAAGUUCCGAGAUGUGCCAGCACGGUACCAUGUGAAUAAGGUGGACACACUUGUUUGGAUCGUUACCAUGUCUGCCUCUGCCUUGGUCAGUACAGAAAUAGGGCUGUUGGUUGGUAUCGUUUUCUCCAUGUUAUGCAUCAUAGUUCGAACACAGCGGCCACGGACAGCCCUGCUUGGUCAGAUCCAAGACACCAACUUCUAUGAGGAUGACUUAGAAUAUGAAAAUCUCUCUUCUGUUCCAAAGGUCAAAAUAUUCCGUUUUGAGGCCCCACUUUACUAUGCAAACAGAAACUACUUCCUAAAGUCUCUGUACAGGUUGACUAACUUAGAUCCUAACCUAGAAGCUGCUAGAAGGAAGAAAUAUGAGAAGAAGGAAAAGCAGCAUCUGAAAAAGGGAAAUCACAAAACUGCUAAUGGGCUGGGCAUCGGAGAAACCACUCUGCAACUAGUUCCUAAGCAAAUUGAUUUCCAAGCCCUUGUUGUAGAUUGCUCUUCCAUCUCAUUUUUGGACACCACUGGAGUGAAUACUCUAAAGGAAAUCCUGAAAGACUACAAGGAUUUAAACAUUUCUGUUCUCCUGGCUUGCUGCAAUCCCUCAGUGAUAGACUCUCUGAAAAGAGGAGGUUACUUUGGAAAAGAUUUUGGAAGUAUGCAGGAAAUGCUGUUCUACAGUAUACAUAAGGCUGUGCAGUUUGCAAAAGACCAAACACUUCCAGCAGAUUGCUCAGUUUAA